UUGAAGAAAAUAACAUUGUAAAGAAACAACACUCACAAUGCCAGCAACUACUUGUUCUGCUUAUUCCAAUUUUUGUAAUCUUAAAGACAUCUUGGGACUGACUCCAUUCAAUCUCUUCAUUGAUGGCCUUAUAUGGAUCCUGGUGGCUUUACCACUUCCGUUGAUGUAUAUGUACAUUGAACCAACUAAGAAGGGUUUCUUUUGCAAUGACCAAUCCUUGCGUUAUCCAUACAAACCAGAUACAGUUUCCACGAACUUCCUGUACUUGGCCGCAUGUCUCACUCCUUUGGUGCUGGUUUGUGGUACUGAAUGGCUAAAUUGGCAAGUACUGAGGAAAUAUAUUGGCAAAGGAACUCAACUGUCCACAACUGUAAGGGUAUACACAAUAUUUCUGUUUGGCAUCACCUUAAACCAGUUUUUUGUUGAUGUUCCCAAAUAUUUUAUGGGAAGUAUGAGACCCAACUUCUUUGCUGUUUGUCGACCCAACGUAAAUUGUACAAAAGACGAAUUCGUCUAUAAUUACACAUGCACCAAUACAGAAUUUAAUGCUUUGAAACAAAGGGAAGCUUUGUUGUCGUUUCCAUCAGGUCAUGCAGCCAUUUCUGUAUACACAGCACUCUACACUGUUUUGUAUCUGGAACUUCGAUUUGAAGUGAAAGUGAGUCGUUUCUUCAAAGCAUCCCUCCAGAUGGCUCUGUUAGUUGUAUCAGCCUGGAGUGUCAUUACUCGAGUCUCUGACAAUAAACACCACUUAAUCGAUGUCAUUGCUGGUUCUGCUGUUGGUAUAAUGGUUGCAACUGGUGUUUUCACCAAAAUUACUUGUCCCAGCUUAAGUCAACAAAAAGUGAAGAGGGGGACAGAGAAGAAAGAAAAGAGGGAAAAGAAUGAGAAGAACGAAAAGGACCAAUAUGAAUUUGUUGUUGUUGAUGAUGAUGAUACUGCUACACCAGUAACUGAUAAUGACCCUUACAUCUACUACCAGAUUGAAUAGUGUUUAGUGAGAGACCAUUUUUUGCAGGGUUUUUAAGAUGUAUGAGAGAAAAGGAGAAAACUAGAAGGUCUUGACACACUCUGACUAGGGACCUGGCCUGGUCUGAAUGUUUCCAGCAGAGUGAACCCCAUUAAAGACAUCUUAAGGGCCAGAUGGCAGUGCCAAACCAUGAUUCUGAAGUCUUUUAUGAUGAGUUAAAAUGACAGCCAUCAAUACUUCAUGUUUACAAACAAUGUGAAACAAGUCAAAUCUGUUCAAAUUAUUUAUACCAUUCCAAUGUAUUAAAGACACCUGGAGUUUCAAUUCCAGUGUAUUUUGUAACUUUUUUUUAUUGUUUAAUUAUGUAUUGAAAGUUUUCAAUAAAGGAUAUUCGUUAUUAAUAAAAAUUUGUAAAAAUAUAA